UUCUCGUUUUAGACUCGACAUUGAAUCCCCUCGUAGUCCUGCCGCUGCCUGUCGUCGCGGGUGGAAGCAGGUCCACCCGUUCUGCCAGUUGCUACGAUGGGAUUCCUCUCUAUCGAGGAGGGUAUGUUGUACGGUUGAUUAAAUCUUACGAUUGAUUAAAAGACCGAAUUGUGAUGCGAAAAUUUCGAAUUAAAGAAAGAUUUGAAAAUAGUUCAUCGAGUGCGGGGGUAGGCAAUCAACGAGGAUCAAUGGCGGUCGAUAUUUUAGACGAGGACCACUUCGCGGUGAGCGCCAUCGUCACCGUUGGCAUGCAAAUCAUCUUCUUCACGAUCGCGGCGACCUUCCAGCUGGACAAGUUGACGGAUUUUGCCGGCGGCACGAACUUCAUCAUUCUCGCCCUUCUCACUUUCUUUCUUGGCCAAAUGGGCAAGCCUUAUGACAGCAGGCAACUCAUGGUCACCAUAUUCGUUUGUUUAUGGGGCGUCCGUCUUUCUGGAUAUCUGCUAUAUCGAAUUAUCAAAAUUGGCCGUGACAAAAGGUUUGAAGAUCGGCGCAGCAAUGUGAUUCGAUUCGCUGUAUUUUGGACGUUUCAAGCUGUAUGGGUUUACGUGGUAAGUUUACCAGUAAUUAUCAUCAAUUCACCACGGCACAAAAUACCGCCUGCUCCUAAGACUAUGACAACGUUAGACAGCGCUGGUACGGGGCUCUUCGUGACUGGUUUAUUAGCUGAAACUUAUGCCGAUUUGCAAAAAUUUUCUUUCAAACAGGAUCCAGUAAAUAAUGGAAAAUGGUGUAAUGAUGGAUUAUGGCGACUAUCCAGACAUCCAAACUAUUUCGGGGAAAUAGUGGUAUGGUGGGGUAUUUUUGUGAUAUCGUUGAACGUGAUCGAAGGUAUUGAAUGGAUCGCAAUAGCUUCUCCAAUUUUCACUACGUUCAUUAUUCUGUUCUUGUCCGGAAUGCCUCUAUUGGAAAGAGCUUCUGAUGAGAGGUAUCGCGAUAACGCCGAGUAUCGUCAUUACAAGCAAUCCACAUCACCGUUAAUCCCCAUGCCACCAUCCAUCUACGUUGAGGUGCCACACUUCCUGAAAUUCCUCUUCUGUUGCGAGUUUCCACUUUAUGAUUCAUUGGACGUGAAACCACGAGCAGCCGUCACUGAAUCGACAUCAAUAAGUCUAGCUGCGUCCACUUAGCUAUAGUAACACGCCGGACAAUUAAAUUCAAAGUCCGGCGUGCAGUCGUCCACGGCUACCACAGCCUUUUGAGGCAGGCUGUCAUGACUCUUUGCAUUUUAUCGUACAGUUGUUUCGCAUCGCUUAUUUGAAAGUGAUGGAUAAGAUAUCACGUAUGAGAAACUGUACGCAGAUAAAGUUUGAAAUGAACUGGACAAGUAAUUGCCGCGUUUUUUAAAACGUUAAUAUAUUGCAAUAACAUUUUUUAAAAUCUGUAAAUUGCAAAUAUUAAUGUUUCUUGUGAUACGAGUUAAAAAAUGCAGAAAGUAUUGUUAGAUGAGAACAUACAAGCAAAAUAGAGUUAUACAAUCAUGAAAUUAAUGUAUAUUACGAUAUUUUGCUACAUAGUCUGUUAAUUCAAUUGGAGAAAUUGUUUAUUUUCAAAAUUUAUGAAUUGAAUUGGUUUGAUAUAUUUCGAAAGUUUAGAAUGUUAAAAAUUCUAUUAUUAUUAAAAGAUAUAUUGCAAGAUGUAUAAAGAAUAUAAAAAGUUAAACGUUAAAAGCACUACCUCGAACAUGAUGCUCUCGAUCUAAAAUCGAAUCCAUCAUGAUAUUUAGAUUAAUAUGUAUAUACUUAAAAAUUAAUGAUAUACAUGAAAAUAUAAAAAUAAAUAUGCGAUAAACUCUCCUAGAGAAUCGAAGCUAUAUAGUUUCUGCUGAAUUUCCUUCUUUUUUUGUAAAAUAUUUGACAGCAAUUUAUUUCGACUGUAAUUACGAAUAUUUAUUCAUUUGUUUAAAUAUUAAUCUUUUAUAGACAAAGAUCUAAUUUUUUAAAAGUAUUGUUUGUAUUUUAACGAUAAUCUUCAGAAUAUGAUUAAAAAUAAUUUUGGAUCAGUAGGGACCAUAUAUAUAACGAUAUUAGUUGCUUGCUAUUUUUACAUAUCUAGAGAACGAACUUUUGGAAAGUAACUUGCCAGCAAGUUAAAAGAAUAAUAAAACUAUUUUAAAGCGAUAAAAAAAGGAUUAGUAUUUAUAAGUGUGUGUUUUUAGUUUCCAAAGUUUCAUAUUAUUGCUAAUUUAUAAAUCUAUUAUUAGUCUUUACACUUUGUUUAAAAGGAGGCUAAUUGAAAAAAAGAAGUUACAUAGAAAAUAAAAUGUGUAACCAUAAUAAUCAAAAUUAUUCGAAAAAUAAAAAGCUGUCUGCGUGAUAUUGAAUAAUUGUAUACAAGUAUCGUAGCAUUAAAUUAUACAUAGCAAUAUUAUACAUAUCCCAGUACCGAGUAGAAUAAAGCUGUAAGUAAUAAAAAGUAUUAUUUAGCUGUAUUCUUUUGAAAGCAAUCAUUGUGAAAUCUCAAACUUCAUUAUAAAAAUGAAAAUAAUUGUUAAUUUCUAAAUAUUUUGGCACAAAACAAUUUUGAAAAGAAUACAGUUACAGUUGAAAACUACGCCAAAUUAGAACUGUGUUAUAAACGAUACUGAAAAAUCGUUUCAAUUUGUUGUUGUGUAAAUAAUCUUCAAACUUUAGAUAAUAAACAAGAAUUGGUCCAAUCGUCUAA